UGCAGAGUCAUUGGAAGCUAAUCAGCUGCAGAGCACACUGUCUGUAUACCUGUUUCUCACCUAUCUAUCUUGUUUGCCUCUCUACCUGCCUAUACAGCUAUAUAUCUAUCUCAGUGUACCUCUGUCUGUACAAUUACCUGUACAACUGCACACCUGUCAUAUACACAAACAUGUUCCGAACAAAGGUGCCUUCUCCGGAGCAUUAUUAUGAGGAGUAUCUGUACAAGAAAGAUUUGAAUGACAAGGUAUAUAAGAAGCUUUGGGUUGGACUCCAAGGAAACUGUCUCUGCUUCUACUCCAACCACAAGGAUCUGCGGCGAGUGGACUGCCUGAGCCUCGAUGAAUAUGUCUCUCUCAAGGAGCCCCCAAGCAACUUUGGAGUUCAUUCCUCUUCUGAAUUCCUCUUCUCCUUGCGUCUAAAACAGAGAGAAGUGCAACUAAAGGCUGAAUCCUUAGAGAGCAGAGAGAUGUGGAGAGCCUAUAUCAUCACCAUGACCGAGCUAAGUAUCCCCACUUCCCUGACUCUGCUCCCAGGGCCUCUCCUGGCUCUGAGAGAAGCUUUGGAGAAAGAGAAAAAUAGGAGAGCAAGAGAAGAAAAAGGGAACAAGGCUCAGAAGGAGACAGAGGAUGGAGAUAAACCCAGCUGUUACUGUAGGGUAUCCCGCAUGGAGGCAGAAAAUCUGCUGAAACAAAACCCUGAUUGUGGGAGCCUCUUACUGAGACCAGGAGGAAGCCCUAACGCUGUGUCUGUCACUACCUGCCAGCAGAAUCAUGGCAAUUUUGUGAUAAAGCAUUAUAAGGUCGUACAGCAGGCAGAUGGAUGUGUGAUCCAGGUAGAGCCACAGGUUUUCUGCCAUUCCCUUGAACACGUUGUGAGUCAUUUUGUGAAGAGUUCUCACAACGCCCUGGUUCCUUUUGAGAAACUUAAUGAAUAUGAAAACCAAAUAGGAGUUCUUGAAGUGAAUAAGGAAGAUGGGGAAGUUACAAUGAGAUAUCUCCCGGAAUGUCCAGCCAAGAUCUCCCCAAAAUAUAAAGCUCCUCCUCCACUUCCACGAACCCCCAUACCCCAAGACGACUAUGAAAAUCCAGAUCUCUGUGGUUCAUCCUGGGGCACAACGCAAGAGGUCCAGAGGACCAGAAGAUCCAGCGAGGAUAUCCCCUUUCAAGAUAAAAAAAAUAAACGGUUGGAAAAGACAAGGAGCGGCGUACCCUUCCAAAAUAACCUUGCUGUAAGCCUAGAGGAAGAGUUGAAAACGAAACUGAGGCUGAGAAGAGCACAGAUUGAAUGAGGCCGUCAUUUGACUUACAGCAGAAAGAUGGACUGACCCAUUCCUCUUUUUUUCAAUAAAGCCAUCAUGGACCUGAGAUUCUCGCACUGUCUACUAACUAAACAGUAACCAGCGUCCCUAAAAUGUGGAACACUGUACAUGCUACCGAGAGCUAUAAAAGUGCUGGACAUAGGAUGAGGUGAAGAGUUUAAAUCCACUACAGAAGAGAAAAAAAAAAAUAGUAUACAGUGUGCUUUGUUAGUGGGUACGGACCAAUAUACGUUUAUACUCAUGUAUAAGGACAGUGAAGAGAGACGUUUUAAAUCUCGUUUAUUUUAAGGCCAAAAGCUGGAGAAUAAGCAGGACCUGCCCACACAAAAAAAAAAAGAAAAAAAGAUUUUAUCCACCCUUCCUUUGUAGGCAAGGCACAGACUGGGAUGAAGGAGGAAGACCUGCUGGAGAAACCCAGAUAUACAAUCACACCUCAGAGUCUCUUACAUUCAAGUCUCUGGUUAGAAAGGGUUAAUACUGGCACAGCAGGUGGCUGAUGGGAAGGAGGGGUUCAAGUGAAGCUAUUAGUCGUGUUCUAAAAUGGAGCAUUUUGGAGCAGGGACUUCAGAAGUUGUGGUUCAAGUGAGACUUGCAGUGGAGCUGCUUGUAGAGCUGUUGCGUUUCUGAAGACUUCGAACACAACUUGGGACUUGGAGACCGGUAUAGACAGAGAAAUUUCCACACCAUACCUAGAGGGGACAAAAACGGUCAUAUUAAACCAUUGCCUUUAUCAAUGUAUCUCUGUUUCUGAGCCUCACAAUUUUAUGUGUGGCUGUUUUUGCUUUGUGCAUUUAAAUGUAUACAAAAUUCAAAUAAACCCUCUUAUAUGAAAGAAGAAAAAAAAAAUUGUUCUUUCCCCAACACAUGCACUAGAUUUAUCCUAAUAAAUGUUUUUUGCAUACUCUUUCGCAAA